UUUUUUUUUUUUUAAUUCCUAAAUUCUUAAACACUUGGCCUGCGUUUCUUUCCUUUGACUGUGUCAUACGUGAUGUCACGACUGCUCAGUACUUCCCUUUUAGGGCUACCUUCGUCCCAAAUCAGGUUAUGCGAAUGGCUGAUGAUUCCCAAGCAGGUGAUGCUGAGUAUCAAUCCCGGUAUAGGUACCAGAUUCCGAGCAAUGUCGUCGUAAAUAGUCCAGAAGCGAAUUAUAAAUUUAGCCAAUCAGGGGUUUUUCCCAAAAAUAUCCACGUGAAUCCUCUCUGUAGCAGAAACCUGCUAAUUAACAAGGAGAAGUUUGUAACUGCUAAUUAUGAAAGCUCGAAUCUGGGUAAAAAGUUGGUUAAGAAAAGUGAGAACAAAAUUUAUUACAAUCCGAAGUUCUUGCAAUGCCAAGUUACCAAGUAUCCGGGUGAAAGCGGUAAAAUGGAAAACAUUCACAUAAAUCCGACGUACUUGCACUCCUCUUCUAGUAUUAAGCAGCCCUCUGUGAUACAUGUCAAUAGGAAUUUUUUAGUCGAUACAAAUACAAAUAUUCGACUAGCUAAAUCUGUACCUGAUCCUACAAAACACUUAGUCCUGCAAAAUUCUUUGUAUCAGAAUGCGCAUGGCACGAAGCUUCCUCCAGGAGAAAACAUACCUUCCAUAGCACCCAACAAAACAGGGCCUUCAAAAUACAAAUAUAUAAACAGGACUGUGGUUGAAAACAAAAACCCAGGACAGUUACAAGGAGUGAAACUCAAAACAAAAUAUUCAAUAAGAAAAACCACUCCUCUGAACAAAGCUGAGUACAAUUCAAUUUACACUCGUAAAAUUGAAAAAAAAGUAUCAUCUGAAUUUAAGAGGAUCAAUGCUCGGAAGAUAAUCAGAAGGUCAAUCUUGAAGGCGAAAAUUGAAAAAAGUAAAAAGCAAGCCGGUAAGCCUCAGUUGAGAAGGUCUCUUGUUACUCGGUACAAAGUAAUAAGGACGAAUCGCACAUCAAAGAAAGAUAUUUCAUUGGCUAGCAAUUCCACAUCAAGCGGAGAGUUCAGCAGAGUAAGCACGACGAAACUUAUAAGGAAAUCUGUAUUGCAACAGCACAUCGAAAACAGAAGACAAGUCAGAACUAACGUACCGAAAAUGUCGAUCCUUGAUCUCACAUGGCUUAACACAAGUCUUAAAAAUAAGUCUGCUAGUAAUCACUCGUUUUGGAAACACAAAGCUAAAGAGCCGGCAGGGAAAAUUGGAAGCAAGCAUGCGAAGCAAAAUCAGUUAAGGAAUAGACGCAUUAUCCACAACCUGACCAAGUUGCUGAGGAAGAACAAUCAGCAUUGCGCGUUUUUCAACAGAUUCGGAAGGUGCAAAGGGAAGGACAAGGGCACAUGCACAAAGAUCCAUGACCCAAAAUAUGUGGCAAUUUGCAGGAGAUUGCUCCAAGGGGAGUGCAGUAAUAAAGAUUGCUUGCUGUCUCAUGACGUUAGGCCUGAGAAGAUGCCGACAUGCUUGCACUACUUGGCCGGGCUGUGCAAACGAGAAGACUGCCCCUUUUUGCACAUAAAAGUGAACGAAAAGGCCCCAGUCUGUACAUAUUUUCUCCAGGGGUUUUGUGCCGACGUUUACAAAUGCACAAAGAGGCAUGAAUACAUUUGCCCGAUAUUCGCCGAAAUGGGCAGCUGUCCCAAAGGUAAGUCAUGUGUGUAUCCGCAUAAGUCGCGUACAAUUAAGUCUAAGCUGCUCGAGACGGACCAAAAGCCUCUGAUACUGAAGCGUAAGAAAGCGAAGGCGUUGGUACGAAGAGAAUCUGAAGCAGGUAACGAGCAAACACCAGUUUCAAGUGAUGUUGGUAAGUCUGAAGAAAAGUCCCAAUCAGAAACCAACAGAGAUUCAGAGCCCAAACCAUUUACACGCUAUUUUUCAAUGCCGUUUGCUUUCGAUCCAUCAUGUGAUAACGAAAAAGACUCAUCAAGUGAUGAUGAUGAUGGUGAUUCUGAUUCCGAUAAUUCUGUUGAAAGUAGCGAUAUAAAGUUAGAAGUUGAUCUCUAAUAAAAAUAAUCAAUUUGUUUUUAAGAUUA